AUGGAAGUUCCCAAGAUGAAAGAUGUCAUGAAAUCGCCGAUUGAGGAAACGAUUGAGAAAAUGCUUCGAAUCCGAUGGCUUGUUGCUCUCGGAGCACUGCUUCCAGGCGCUGCCUGCUACUUUGUUGUCGCUUACACCUAUAUUUUCCAAUUUGAGAAGGUCUCAAAUUUCACAGAAAGCAAGGAAUGCAAAAAUCUAACCAUUACCCUUCCACCUGUCUCGUAUUCAAUUGGAGUGUGGGCGCCGCAAAAAUUUAUUUGGCUUUUCAUUAUGUUCAUCCACUUGCCGCCAAGGUUGUUCUUUUUAACGCUUUACCGCCGAUUAUUCCUCAACACUGCGCCAAAAAGCAGUUGGUACCAGUUCGCCAUUGACUUCUACAUGUUCACACUUCGUCUGGAACCGAUUGGAUUAAUUCUCGUCUCGGUGGUUGACAUCAAUGGGGGAUUCCUGAUUCACGCGUUCGGAUUUGCGAUUUGGAUUAUUUCGUUCAAUUUCAACAUGCUUUUCAAUAUAAUCCUUCAUCAUUUCUCGGGAAUUCGCGAUGUUCAUAACAGGAUGGAGACGACGUGGAGAAUCAAGCUCGUCAUCUUCAUUGUCGGAAUAAUCGCGGCGCUGUCAACUCCAAUCAGCUAUCCGUACUUUGCAGCGCAUUGCAGCGUGACAGCCUACAAUCUUUUUUCGCUGGCCGAAUUAAUCGAAGUCGGCUGCAAUUCGAUAUUCUACACAAUCGCCUAUUGGGAUUUCCCGAAAACGCGUAUCACCAUCGGAAUAAAGAGUGUGCAGCGCGAUUUGAACGAGCUCGAGAAGCGGCAAAACGUGAUGGCGUUGCCCGCCAAACUUGGAAUUUAA